AUGGACGAGCAUUCUUCAGCAUGCUCCUGUGCAGGUAUCCGCUUCUGCGCUAAGUGUUGUGACUCGUCGAGAGUGCAGCAACUCUUUAGCGGAUCUGUACCUCUCUCGAGCGCAAGUUCUGUUAUUGAAAAACAGCAUCAUGAGGAACGCCUUUCCUCCUGCUCUUUUGCAACCAUAGGGAAAAGUUCUCUUAGCUUUUGCAUUGAAUGCAUGAGUGUAUUCAAAUCUGAAGUCCCGAUAAAGUCAUGCGCGGAUCACCAUGGCGCCAUGGCUACCAGCAUUACUAUCAGUGGCCUUGCUGUCUUUCAGGAUGCGCUUCCCGAGGAGGAUGAGACGGCAGUGAUUCGCUUCCUGGAUGAUUCGCACCCGUUUCCACCCUGGAAGGAGUCGCAGAGCGGACGACGCAAGCAAGACUACGGACCGAGGCGCAACUUCAAGAAGAAGAAGGUAAAGGUCGCAGACAUACCAGCGAUGCCACUUGUGUUCGAACCCAUCUUUUCUGUGAUUUCGUCAAUGACGGAAACCUUUACUGGUAAGGCAUAUAGAAUUGCGGAGGUAUCUGCGCUCGAGUACAUGGAGGGUAAGAUGAGUAAUUUCGAUCCUCACGUGGAUGACACAUGGCUAUGGGGCGACCGUAUUGCCGGUCUGAAUCUGAACGAAGCGUGCGCUGUGACGUUUGUGAACUCGGAGGGUGUGUGCUGUGAUGUCUACUUGCCGCGUCGAACGUUUUUCCUCAUGUCUGGCGACUGCCGCUACAAGUGGAUGCAUGGUAUCCGGCCUGAACACGUUCGGGGGCGUCGAAUUUCUCUGACAUUCCGAGAGUUAUCCGACGAAAUACUCGCUGACACGGAAGCUUCUGAAAUGGUGCUUUCUGCUGCGUCGAAUUUUGUGUAA